AUGUCACAAGGCCAUGGUCGGUAUUGGGACCAACUUCGCGGUGGCACAGCAGUACGGUCGAAGGCCUGGAUAAAGGCAGAUGAUGACGUGGCUGGGGCCUCCAGGUACCCUGCAAACGACAUAUGGCUGCGCAGUGUGCAGCCAGGCGACGACUCCUUGAACCUGUGUGGCCGGGAGGGAAGUCCAGCAGAGCGGUGCGAGCAGCCGAACACGCCCACGAAGGGCAGCAAGUUUGGAUGGUUCCAAACGGUCCUGUGCCUCAAGAAAGGUACUUGCGCAGGAGGUGGCAACGAGGUUGCAACCAUCGCCUUUCCUCCCGGUCCAGAGGUGCCAGAGUCACAGGAGUGGUGUUGCGAGGGCCGCUUUGACGGCCUGGAGGUGCAUCUGAUAGUGCAUUUCGCAGGGAAGUGUCGCUCUGCCGCAAAAAGCCUCCUAGCAUUGGCUCCGGAUGGCCACAGGGACGCCUACAUCGCAGGAUUCGCAUUCGACUCCCGAUUUGCUGCACCAACCACCACUGAUAUUGGCAUCGGUGGAUGGGAGAGCACGGCAGGUGCAGCUGGAGUGGUGAUCUGCUCGAAACGCAACACCCUUUUGUCCUGGGAGGAAGAGCUCAGAGCGUUGUGGGGUGCAGGCACUGGCAAAUAG